GCCGAUUUUUGUUCGAUUUGACGUGGAAUGCCCCCGGCGCUACCCUCGCAGCAGCGCCCGGGGGCUUACUCCGCCCCUGCCCCUCCGUCACUGCCCGGGGCUGUCUCCGCCCCUGCCCUCGCCGUGGUGCCGGAGGGCGCCAUCUGGCGGCUCCGGCGCGAUGACGUCAGCGCUGCCUAUCGGCACACCGCUCGGCGUCGCGUCGGUUGGGGCACUGCUGCCGACAGUGUCUGUAGUGGUCGGCCUAGGUCCGUCUGGAACGAUGGCCGCCGGGACGGUCCACCGGCCGGUGCUGGUGCUGCUGCUAGGGCUGGUGCUGGUGAGCGGUGGUGCAGAGGCGCUGGGCCACGAAGCGUACGGCUCGCUCUACCAGAUGGGCAAGGAGGCCUACCUGGAGGAGGAUUACCGUUCGUGUGUGAACCUGCUGCUGCAGGCGCUGCAGGGCCGGCGCGAGUUCGAGCAGCUGCUGGUCGAGUGCCGUGACCGGUGUCGGCAGCAGGCCGCCGGUGAGCCGCUGCUGAUCACCGACGCCGCCGACGGAGAGCUAGCCACCUUCGAGCGGCUGACUCGUGAGACGCGCUGUCUGGUGCAGUGCCACCGGGAGCGGCUCGGCCAGCACGUGCAGCAGUUCUACGACUCGGCCUGGGCUGAUGACGAGUUCAGGGAGAGGAAGCCGUACGAGUACCUCCAGCUAUGCUACUACAAGACUGGUGAGAUACAGAAAGCGGCCAACGCGGCCUUCACGGUGCUGCUGCAGCAGCCCAACAAUGAGGUGAUGCGCGAAAACUUCAAAUAUUACACCACGAUGGAGGAGGUCAACAACGCCGACAUCGUCAGCCUGGAGCCGCAGGAGCACACUGAGCUGUACGUGCGCGGUAACGCCGCCUACGAGUCGGAGCGGUGGCCCCAGGUGAGCCGCCUGAUGGAGGAGGCGCUGGACGGCUUCCUGGAGGCCGAGCGGCGCUGUCGUACUCUCUGCGAGCGCUUCUUCCCGCAGGGGUUCAACCCGGACUUUGUGUCCAACGUGGCCAAUCAUUUUGCGUACGUGUUGCGCUGCAAGCUGCGCUGUCCCGAGCAGCUGUCGACGGUGGCGGGAAACUACCUCUCCGACUACCUGGAGUCGCACUUUCACUAUCUCCAGUUCGCCUACUUUAAACAAAACAUGCUUCGAGAGGCGUGCAGUAAUGUGGCCAACUACCUGUUGUUCAAGCCCAACGACCAGGACAUGCUGGGAAAUAAACAGCUCUACUUGAAAGAAGAGGACGUUGACGAGAGUUUCUUCACCCCUAGAGCGGAUAUUCUGGAGAUUUCCCGACGAAUUGAAAAGGAAAGGAAGCUGGAUAACUACAUAUUGGAAUAUUUCCGCUUCAGCGACGAUGAUGCACGGAAGAAAGGGCAUGAAGACGGCGGGAGGGACGUGGAUAUCCCACCAGAAGGAAGCGCUCGAACGGGAGCGGGUACUCUCACAGCCAGCUCCGGCUCAGCCGAGGUGUGGGUCGAGGGUUGGCGGGCGGCCGGGUUCAGAACCGCAGAGGAAAGUCGGGAGGAGCAGGGGGUUUCCGACGCUCUGCUGGAGCUGCACAGCAGGCUGACGGCGGGCAGCACUGCCCCGGACGUCUCGGGGCCGCGGCUGGACAGAGUCGUCCUCACCAGCGGGGAGGCGGAGCUCGGCGGCCCGCGGAGACUCGUGGCCGACCACCUGCUGACGGCCGGCGAGUGUCAGCGGCUGUCGGAUCUGCUAAAGCAUGAAGACGGCGGGAGGGACGUGGAUAUCCCACCAGAAGGAAGCGCUCGAACGGGAGCGGGUACUCUCACAGCCAGCUCCGGCUCAGCCGAGGUGUGGGUCGAGGGUUGGCGGGCGGCCGGGUUCAGAACCGCAGAGGAAAGUCGGGAGGAGCAGGGGGUUUCCGACGCUCUGCUGGAGCUGCACAGCAGGCUGACGGCGGGCAGCACUGCCCCGGACGUCUCGGGGCCGCGGCUGGACAGAGUCGUCCUCACCAGCGGGGAGGCGGAGCUCGGCGGCCCGCGGAGACUCGUGGCCGACCACCUGCUGACGGCCGGCGAGUGUCAGCGGCUGUCGGAUCUGCUAAAGACGGUCGGCGCUGUGGGUGACGGGUACCGCCGCAAGAACCCGCUCUCCAAGCAGGAGCAGCUGGUGGGCCUGUCGCUCGGGCGGCUCGUCGCGAGCGUAGACAGGGGCGCUGCGUCUCGUGAGGAUCUGCAGCUUCUGAUGGAAGUCUCCGACGCCGCCCGACUGUAUGUGUCACGACGGUGGGGUGUGGAACCCCUCUACUCGUCCUUCACACACCUCGUAUCGCGAACACCCGUCCCAGGGCUCAACUCGAGCCGGCCGCUGGAGUUCAGUCACCCCAUCCACGUGGACAACUGCCGCCUGUUCAACAACGGCACCUGCUGGCCGGGCGGCGGCGCCUUCAUCCACCGGCACUUCAGCGCCAUCCUCUACCUCAACAGCGACUUUGACGGCGGAGAGUUCGUAUUUGCCGACAUCGUCAGCCGAAAACCAACCGUGCGGGUACAGCCGCGCUGCGGCCGGCUAGUGGCCUUUUCGGCCGGCCCGGAGAACCCGCACGGCGUGCUGGCUGUGAGGCGUGGCACGCGCCGCGCGCUGGCCAUGUGGUUCACACGCACCGGCCGUCAGCGAGAGGAGGAGCGCUUACUGGCCGAUAUCUACCUGCGCGACAGCAGCGCGCUUGAAGUUCGUCGGAUGGUCUCUUUACUGGAGAGGAAUUUCGAGCGGGCCGACAAGCUGGUGUAGAGGUGAUCUACCCGCGGAAGGCAGCAGUAGCCGCACGAGGGCGCUCCGAGCAAGGAUAUCGUAAAGUAACCGAGACGCCGGCAGAAAGGCGACGAGGCGUCUUCACAUCCGGAGGGGCGUCAAGCGGGUGUGUUUCCGAGGCUGCUCAGCCCCGGCAGCCUACAUACGGCUUCAGUGAAGCUACUGGUGUACAGGGUGUCUCAAAAGUUCGCUUACACAUUUCCCAUGUCAAUAAAGCAUAUAAGAACCGGCCAAAAAUCUAAGGUUUUGGUGUCCGUGUGUACACUAGACAAAUAUGCAUGCUUUGACAACUGAUUCGGAAGGUUUGAAACCAAACCCUUUGGUGUAUCUCCAAAAAUAUUUGCCCAUACCGAUUUUCGUCACUCCGUCAGCUGCCGGAGGCUGAUAAAAGGUUACCAGCUUUCAAGCUCUUGUUGGGGAAUCCCCCGCAGUUUCUGCGUCGGAUUUAGGUUUGACGAGCUCCCCGGCAACAUCCGCUUCUCCCUGAAAGCCGAUAGCUUGCAUCGACACCAUCCGUGAGUAUUUUGUAGGUCUUCUCUGGCGCUAACUCCUUCAUGAAUGACUGGCGCCGACCUCCCAAGCACCAUUUUCCUUUUCAAAACAACCCCAUUCCUGAACAAAUGGGAAGUGCCAGGGGCAAAUUUUUCGCAGCAUAUCGUAGCAGAAUGUGUCGGCCGUCUGUUUUUUAGACACAUUUUGCAAAAUUUGCAAAUCCCGAACGCUCGUCAUUCCCAAUGCCAAGACCUUCGCUGGGUUCCGGAGUGUUUUCCUCAGGAGAGGUUCUGCUUCGUAAACGGCCAAAACCUGUCCAUCGUGCGGUUUUGUCCGGAUUUUGUGUGUAAAAGAAAGCUAUUUGCUCCAGAUCUGCCUCUUGAAACUUCGUUAGAUAAAACUUUACAUUAAUUGACACUUUUGGAGGGUCACUUGUCCUCGGCAUUGACGAUUUUCGCAUUAUUUUCCCUCAAAAUUUAGCGUUAUAGAUAUUAUAAACAAUUUUAAAUGAUAUUUUGUCUUUACUUUAUGAUGACCUGCAAUUUUUGAAACUGGGUAACCUCUGUCUGUGAGCUUCUAGUCAGUUUUCAAUAGUUAGGACUGCAUUUUCAGCUGCUUUCCGGAGCACGAGUCUGCUGCGGUACAAGGGUCGUUCAAAGCGCUGUUAGUCUCGCAUGGUUUUGUCCUUCAAAAAUUUUAGCCACCGUUUUUAUUAGAUGACCAUCAUGUUGUACUCAACCUCGCCGACAUUUUGCCAUGUGUCAUUUCCGACCUAACCAUUCCCAUUACUCGUGAAGCAGAGAGUUUCUCAGCCGACCCGAGUAUGCGACCUCCAUUUUCAUGCCUGAUCCAUGGUCAGAGGUGAACCCUUUUUGUGUGCUCAUGAAGGGUCGAAUGCGCUUGAAUACAAUGAAGCUGCUUGAGGAAGGUUGUUACCAAUGCCCAUGCAAAAUUUCGACUGUUAAUUUCAUGUUGAUUCAGAAUUAUUGACAAAAAAGCAUGGCUGGUACCUGUAAGCGAACUUUUGAGACACCCUGUACAUAUCACAUAUGUUCAAUAUACGUUGAGAGGUAAGUG